AUGGGGUCCUACGCAUCUACUCCUCUACCGGAAGGACUAACCCUUCGCGAUCCGAGCACGGGCGACUUCGUCCACUACUCCUAUGCGGACCUGGUCGCCGAGUUUGCCCGUCCGCUGGACUACAGCCUCCUCGAGGAAGACGUCAAGCCGAAGAUCAUCGGAAAGAAGAUUGUUGAGCUACGAGAUCCAAGGACGGGCGACAUGCGAGAGUACUCAUUCAUCGAGCUUCACUACGAGCUGCAGUGCCGGUACCAGAUCGAGAUGAAGCAGCAGGGGCGUUGGAAGUCAGACGAGGAAGUCACGGAAGAGGCAGAGAACAGCUACUACUCUCCUGAGGCCUCGGCGCUUAUGGAUGCCAACAUGGAGGACUACAGCAUUUUCACCGAUCCCGAGGCGGAGUGCGUCAGACGCGUCGCCAAUUUCUGGACCGCGAUCAGCAUGGUCCCCUAUAUGAGGGCACAGAGGGCAGCGGAGGAGAGAGUUGCGCGAGAGGGCGGGCAUAUUAAGGACUACAUCGCCAUCGAACGCGAGCGCCAGGGUGUAUGAUUCCAGGAUAUGCAAUACUUUU